GGCCAAGGCUACGUGGAUCUCUCGGUCUAUGGCGGAACUCCAGAUGCAAAAGGCGCAGGAAUUCUUUACGGUAUACCCAACGAUCCCGCCUACUAUCCCGGAACGGCACCAGCUCGAUCCACAUGGGGACCAUACUUCCAAGGGGCUGGUAUUUCCUGGGUCCGCGCUGGGGGUGCUCAGAUUCCCUUCAAAGGAUACGCUUCCGACCUUCUUGAAGGCGGUACUGAGGGCUAUGAUAAGCGGUUUGCGUCGUUCAAGCAGAACUUUCAGGAUGCGAGGGCUUUGAACCCGAAUAAUCAAUUUGUCUUGCUCGUUCAUGAUCUUUGGGGCGCAGACGGUGGGCAAGGGAGCAACACGCCUUUCCCGUGUGAUGAUGGCGAUUGUGCGCAAUAUGGCGUCUACCUGGACAAGCUGAUUGCGGAUCUGAAGGACAACGAUCUGUUGGGAGGUCUACACAUUGACAUUUGGAAUGAGCCUGACAUUUCGGGCUUUUGGGCUCGCUCGCAAGACCAAUAUCUCCAAGCGUACGACUACGCCUACUCCAAGUACAGAGCUGCGUUCGGCACGGCCGUGGCGCUGGUUGCGCCUUCUACUUCCAGCCAGCCUGAUGCCAACAACGAUUGGUGGAAGAACUUCACGAGCCACAUUAGCGCCAACGGCAAUAUCCCGGACUGGUGGAGCGCCCACCAGCUGAACGGAGCCAGCUCAGCCAACUGCGGCAACGAUCCUGUCAAUACACAGGCCGGAUUGAAUGACGUCCUGUCCCAACACGGGCUCCCAGCACGACCAUUCCAGCUCAACGAGUACGCCUACAUUGAUGAGCAGAGUCCAGCAUAUACUGCAUGGUUCAUAUCACGCUUCGAGCGUACCGGCAUCACCGGAUUGCGUGCCGACUGGGGCUCGAAGGUCGGCCUCCACAACGACCUCGCCAAACUCCUUGGACCAGGAGGAAAUGACACGACCGACAAUUUCUACAAACUCGGUGACUGGCAUGUUCUGAACUACUACACCCAGCAGCAACAUGGCGUCAUCACCAAGGCUGGAGCGACUGUCAGCACAUGCUACGACCUGUAUGUGACGCAGGAGCGAGACGUCGGCUCGACGCACAUCCUCGCUGGCUCACGUGGUCAGAGCGGCGCUUAUCCUAUCACCGUCUCGAACGUCGAUUCGAUG